UUUGCCCAGGGGUAUACGAUGGACUGACAUCUCGAAUUGCUCUCUCGAUGGGGUUUGAUGCUCUGUAUAUGGUAACUAAAUCUGAAUACCACAGGGUCUAGCGGCUGACGAGAACUCUUCAUAGACAGGAUCUGGUACCUCCAUGUCCAGGCUCGGCUGGGCAGAUAUCGGAAUAGCCACUCUCAAUGACAUGACGGCCAAUGCUGAAAUGAUUGCAAACUUGGACACAUCCGUACCUCUUAUUGCGGAUGCCGAUACUGGUUACGGCGGACCUGUCAUGGUUUCCAGAACAGUCGCAAAUUAUGCCCGAGCGGGUGUCGCUGCUCUUCACAUAGAAGACCAAAUUCACGAAAAGCGGUGUGGCUUCCUGAAGGGAAAAGAAGUAGUACCGCGUGAAGUGUGGUACAGUCGUCUCCGUGCUGCUGUCAAUGCUAGAAAACAAAUGGGUUCGGAUAUCAUCAUCAUUGGACGGACGGACGCUCGCCAAAAUCUCGGCUUUGACGAAUGCAUCGAACGCUUGAACGAAGCAGUCAGGAUUGGUAUUGACGUUGUGUUUAUUGAUGCUAUCAAAACCAAGGAGGAAUGUAAAAAGGCGUGUGAAAUCAUGGGAAAUACUCCCGUUAUGUUCAAUAUGUGUAUAGGGGCGGGCUCGCCAGACUUGACUGUCGAGGAAGCCAAAGAAUUGGGCUUUCGAAUCAUCAUUUUUCCAGGGGUCUGCUCUUCGAUGGUAUUAGCCAGCUGUAAGGAGAGUUUGGCCCUGCUGAAAUCCGAAGGAAAGGAGGAGAUGAGAGGCUCUGGAGGUGUUCAGGAGCUGUUCAUGACUUGCGGCCUGGGGACGGCUAUUGAUAUUGACCAGAAGGCCGGAGGAAAAGCAUAUGAUAAUGAUAUAAUAUAAUCGGUAAAGAGAAGUGGUC